AUGCAAAACCGGCUUUCCGAGGGAUAUGAGGAGUCGCCCGCCGAUAGAACUGCCCAGGGCGACUCCUGCAGCACUACUCCGCCGAGCGCCAUCGAAGGAAAGACCGCCAAGCGCAAAGCGAACAUCAAGCUUAUUGCCAACCGAACCAGAAGACACGUCACUUUCGCCAAACGACGCCAUGGGAUCAUGAAGAAGGCCUACGAGCUGUCGGUGCUCACGGGCGCCAACGUCAUGCUGUUGAUCUUGUCCAAGUCGGGUUUGGUGUACACCUUCACCACUCCGAAACUAGAACCCUUUGUAAGGGACGAAGAGGGCAAGAAACUGAUACGACGGUGCCUAGAAGAUGAGCAUUUGUAG